AUGCCCGACAAGAUCGACCCGCCGCACGCUACUGGCGCCGCCGAGGACACCGUCAAGAAGCACUCGCAGCCGCACGACCUCGUCUUCCACGCCGGCUGGUUCUGCCCGUUCGUGCAGCGCGUCUGGAUCGCUCUCGAGGAGAAGGGCCUCAAGUACGAGUACCGCGAGGUCAACCCUUACCAGAAGGAGCCGCACUUCCUCGCCAUCAACCCGAAAGGGCUCGUCCCGGCCCUCGAGCACCACGACAAGGCCCUGUACGAGUCGCUCGUCCUCCUCGAGUACCUCGACGACGCGUUCCCGUCCCCGCGCUCGCUGCGCCCGACCGACCCACACGAGCUCGGCCUCGUGCGCCUCGCCGUGCAGCACAUCUCGAACGUCGUCGUCCCGGCUUUUUACCGCUACGUCCAGGCGCAAGAGCCCGAAAAGCAGCGCGACGGCCACGACGCGUUCGUCGCCGCGCUCCGGGACGUCCAAGCCCAGUGGUUCGUCGGCGAGGGCGCGCCCUGGGCGCGCGGUGACCACUUUGGCUGGGUCGAGGCGGUGCUUGGGCCGUGGGUCGCGCGGUUCGCGCUCCUCGAACAGCACCGCGGGUUCAGCGCGAGCGACGUGGGCGACGAGUUUGCGAUGUGGGCGCAGCGGGUCCUCGAGCGCCCGAGCGUCAAGGCGACGUCGAGCUUGCCCGAGAACUACGAGAGCGUGUACAGGCGCUACUUUGAGGACACGGCAGAGAGCGAGGUGGCCAAGGCGACCCGCAAGGGCGAGUGGCUCAAGUAG